UUGCCCGAUCCGCAAGCUAUGUUCGACAUCAGUUACUUCUCACGUGAUCCACGACCAUUCUUCAAGUUUGCGCGCGAAAUAUAUCCCGGACAAUUUAAACCAUCACCUUGUCAUUGUUUUAUAAAAUUGCUCGAAGAGAAGCAGAAAUUGUUGCGCAAUUACACACAAAAUAUAGACACUUUGGAGAAGGUAGCUGGCAUAAAGAACGUUAUAGAAUGCCAUGGCUCGUUUUCGACGGCUUCGUGCACGAAAUGCAAAGUCAAAUGUACAGCAGAUGCUAUACGGGCUGAUAUCUUCUCGCAACGCAUACCCGUAUGCACACGUUGUCAGCCCAAUGUGCAUCAGAGUGUUAAUGCUUCUGACGCAGUAUCGGGUUCAGAUUUGAGACAGCUUGUGGAGAAUGGAAUAAUGAAGCCAGAUAUUGUUUUCUUCGGCGAAGGUCUUCCCGAAGAAUUCCACACUGUCAUGGCGGGUGACAAAGACAGAUGUGACCUGUUGAUUGUUAUAGGUUCUUCUCUCAAAGUGCGGCCGGUAGCGUUAAUUCCCAGCUCAAUACCAGCCAAUGUGCCGCAGAUACUCAUCAAUCGGGAGCAGCUGCAUCAUCUCGAGUUCGAUGUUGAAUUGUUGGGUGAUUCCGAUGUUAUCAUAAAUCAAUUAUGCCAUCGCCUAGGUAAUGAUUGGAAAGAAAGCUGCUAUGAUAGCUUCAUAUUGAAGGAAUCCAAGGAACUCUUACCAGUGGAAGAGGAAGACACUAACGAUGAAGGUGAGGAAGGUGGCCAACAGAUGCUAGAUACAGACACACAAUCAGUUAUGUCGAACGCAUCCACAGAUUUGGCGCUACGUUCGACAGUUGCUUACUCGGAUAGCGGGUUCGAAUCGUCAACAUCAUCUGGUAUGGUACUUGCUAAACAAAACAUUGCAGCGGCUAGUAGUGAGGCUAUGGAGGCAAUAGAAAAAAUCAAAACCACCAUAUUGGAGAUGCAUCAGCCAUUGAUAAAGAAACGUCAGGGUAGCAAGCCAGUGUCAGUUAAUUACUUAGAAGAUCCUAGUGAUGCUGUAGAUUUUGAAACUCGUUCCUUUCAACCAUUUAAUGAGCGCAUAAGUGAGCAGCACCACCACCACACGACAUGUGGUGUAAAUACACGUCAUCCGUCAGUUGAUUCAACCAAGGACCGUGGUAUAGUGGGCGACUGCUGCAUUUCGGCGCAGAUUUCAAACAAUGUCAUUGGCAUUCUGCCGCCACCGAUUACAAAUUUUGGUGAUAGUGGAGGCACAAAAGCUAUGAAUAACCCCUUCACAGCUCUACCUACCUGCACAGAUAACAAAACUACACCCGCGGCAACAGUAACAAGGACAGAGUCGCCGCUGCCACCGCAAAUGGUAAGCGAUACAGAGAAAACAUCAACAGCGGUCACAAUACGUAGCAGUGCUAAGAAAUACCGUACUGCAGCGGAACGUUUGCUCGAAGGUACAUACUAUGCGCACGACACCGUUUCAGCUUAUGUAUUCCCCGGCGCACAAGUCUUAUGGUCGUCCGAUGUCGAAGAAGAGGAUCAAGAAAACGGCAUUGGAAAUAUGUACGAUGACGUCGAUGAGGAUGAUAUCGAUGCAAAUGGCGGUCCGCUCUCACCACUCUUGCCGCCAUCUGUGGAAGCAGAAGUAGUAAGUGAAAUAACAACAAGUGCAUUUGCAAUUUGCGCCAAGCGAACGCUACCCGCGUCCUACAGCAUUAGCGGCGAUAUUAACCAAGCGGCGGAUACGGAAUUGCAAACCGAUAGCAAUAAAAAUUCGAGUAUACCAAGCAAUACAACAGCAACAACCUGCAGCGCUAGGGAAACCACAUGCGACAGUGUAAGUGUGACAAUGCCGCCUUCUCCUUCACCAUCGCCGCAAAAGAGAGCUUGUGAAUGCCCUCCAAUACGUGGUGGUGGUAGCGACAGCAAUGUCGAAGCAAACGAUAGCAGUAGGAGUAGUAAUAUUGGUAAAUCUGAAUGCCAUGUGCCUCCCUUAAAGCGUAAGCGCUCAACAGAUGAUCAGAAAAAUUUGGCCGCUGUAUAUCCGGAAGUGUGUUUUGAUGCAACGCAAAGCGGUAAGAUUGAUGACACACCUCUUUUGAGUAGUGGUGGUGGUGGCGCAGACGCCGGGUCGCCAAAGGUGUAUGCAACACAGCUGGUUCAGAAUUAAGAUUACCACUCUUCCGGUUCUGAUUGAUUCGACUGCAGCAAACUUAUUGGAAG